CUGGGUGAGAUCGCAGCGAAGGUUCCCUUCGACGUAUACAAUAUAUACUUACCUGUGGUGCACGUGAGCUGCUUUUGGGCUUGGAAUCAUGGCAUUGAAGAUCGUUACCUUGGCUCUGCUUUCCGCCUUCGUGAUUGUCCUUACUUCUGGUGAAAAAUAUAAUGUCGACCAGGUCUGCCUCGGCUGCAUCUGCCAAGCCGCGUCGGGGUGCAACGUGACACAAGGGUGCAUCGGUGACAUAUGCGGCCCCUUCCACAUCACGUGGGGCUACUGGGCAGACAGCGGCAAACCCACUCUCAAUGGACAGCCUGCCACUGACAAAGAUGCUUAUGCCAACUGCGCCAACGACGCCCAGUGCGCCGCUCGUGCUGUGCAAGGAUACAUGGACGUGUACGGGCAGGACUGCAACAAGGAUGGAAAGAUAAACUGCGAUGACUUUGCGCGCAUCCACUACCUCGGCGGUUACGGAUGCUCGGGUACUCUUCCACCAAAGUACGAGAAGGAAUACAACGAGUGCCGGAGCAAAUUUUCUGCAUGAUAGCUUUUUAUAGAUCUUCCAAACUUUGUUUUUUCGGGAUUUUUUUUCUUUUUUUUUUCGUCUUCCGGUGUAUAAUCCUCUGUUAUUAAUAUCGCAUCUGUUACGAAACAGUGCGAGCCGAGAUUCUUUUCACGUCUAGUUUUCUAUCGUUCGCGUGUUGUUUUUAGUUUGUAAUUGAUUGUCUUUUUUUUAGACCAUCGUCACAGAUUUGUUCACAAGCACUAUAAUUUUAUAUUUAAUCUACAAUGCAUUUCGAUAGUUGUGCAUUUCAAGGCUGUUUUAAUGUAUACAUUUAUGCACAUGUUUUAUAAUGUGAUGAGUUUGCAUAGGUAUGAUAUAAUAUUUCAUAGCA